AUGUAUAUUGACCAUCUUUGCAGAACUGUUCUUGUUCUACGAUAUACGAUUAUUUAUCUUCCUUACUUCGGGGAAAAUAUGGAGAAAAUGUUGUGUCUUAUACAUGCCGGUCGAAUUGUUUUCGCGUUUGCGUUUAUAGUGUCUGCUUGGAGAGAGUAUGAUGAUGAACGUGCUUGGUUGGUAUUUAACCUUAAUGGUGAAGAAGCUGCUGAGGAGUACAUAAUUCUUGGUAUAGUAAUGAAGGCCAAGUACAUAAUUGGUCUUGGUAUAAUGAUGAAGUUAUACGGAGGGAUAUCUUUCCUCUCCACCACUUACCCCGGCGCACUUAUCUUGGUAUAUCAAUUCACGUCGUUAUCUUAUUGUUAUGUUUAACCUUGAAAUAACAAACCAUAUGUACUAAUUACUAAACUCUUGCAUGUUGUUUGAUCUUAGCUCAUAUACCAAGCAAUAUUGAGCCCGGUUUUGUAUGAUCUCUACAAUCGAGGUUACAUACAAUUUCGACAAUCGUAUCAACAUUUUCUACAAAUCUCUCAUCGCAGUAAGAACCAUAUCCGCGGCUAGACCUGGUGUAUUUAAUGUAUUGAUAAUAUAUAAUUAUAACACACCUGAAAUACAUGAUUAGCUUGUGGAGAACUCAGUUUAAGCAACGCAAGGCACCGGAAAUUUUGCGAUCAAAUAAGCGAGGUGACGAAUCUGACUAUAACAAUUAUCAUCUCACUAUCUUUUACAUAACUUUCUUUGUAAGUAACCCGAUCCGAGACUUAAGACUUUAAUAAUCAAUUUCUUUGUCGCUAGUUACUAUUAAGUAUUAACUAACUAGAUAUGAUUAUAUACAAGUAUAUAACACAAUAGAAAUGUAUGAUCAGUAUGUGAACGAGACGCUAUCGGUAGAUAAUGGAGCGUCCGUGGCCAUGUGCCACCACGAGUCCAUAGAUCAGGAACUUAUGAGCCAGAAAUUUUGCGAUCUAGUUAACGAGGUAAUCAAGUCUCAUUACUUUUAUUAUCACACUAUAGAUUACAUAAUCUUCUGGAUCACUUUUUUUUUGCAGAUUGAGAGACAGGCUAACUCGAAU